AUGCCUGUGGUCAAGCCUUUCAAGUGUCCUGAGUGUAGCAAGCCUUAUGGAAGAAAGUCAGGCUUGAAACAGCACGUCAAUACCGUUCAUAAGAACAAAACACAUCGAUGCCCAUACGGAUGCGGGAAAUCAUUUUCUCAAUGGAAUGGGAUGAAUGCACACGUCAGGGCCGCCCAUGAGAAUAUUGUCUACCCGUGCCCAUACAAAGAAAACGAGGGGUGCAAGGCCAAAGACUUCAAGCAGAAGCGGUCUUUGAAUGAUCACAUAGCCAAGAAGCACAAGGGAGAAGAAGGCAAAACUUACAAAUGCCCCGAUUGCCCCAAAAAGUAUACACAGUCACACAAUUUGGCGAAACACGUAAAGGCAACGCACCAAGGGGUGCGUAUCCCUUGCCCCUACAAGGAAGAGGAUGAAUGUGAAGCAGAUUUUGCUACUCCAGACGGAGUUAAGCAGCACGUCAAAGAUAUUCACGAGAAACACGAGCGGUUCAAGUGUCGAGACUGUACGCAAACAUUCACACGAGAGAGAUCCGCCAAAGAUCAUUAUCAACGCGUUCACGUCAAUCCUCCCUUACCGUACAGCUGCAGUUUUUGUGGAAAGAAGUUUCAGUUUCUUUCCAGCAAGGACGGACACGAGAAGCGCCACACAGAGUAUGUCUGCCCAAGAAACAGUUGUUACGAUGGAUUCAACUCCAUUGAGGACGCCCUGGAGCAUGCGAAGGAUCCUCAACAUCGCAGCGAUCAACAAUUAUACGAGUGUCCGGUAGAGAAUUGCCGCCUUACAGUCAUCGGCAAGGUUCUUGACAAGCCUUCUCUGGUCAAGCAUUGGAAAAUGCAUAUCAAGCAGGAACACAUUUCGGGAGAGCUUGAAUUGGUCUACAAAGAUGCAACACAGCCGCCUUUCCGCGACAUUCCAAUUCUGGGUUCCAUAAUGGCAAACAACCACUCACUUCUCUUGGCAGAUGCCUCACUCGGCAACACUGUCCCUGAGCCCCAGGAAGACGCAGAUGAAGACGAAGACGAAGACAACCAGGCGGAUGAAGACGAAGACCAGAUAUUAGUCGGUGCCGACGAGGAGAUCAAUAUCCUGGAGCAGAACAGAGUCUGGUUUGAGUCACAUAAAGAUCACCUCGUUUCCUUGAAUGCCAGAGGGUACAAGUGCGCCGGACCGGCCCUUGAGACAACGCAUUUUAUUGUUGAAGCCUGCCCUGAAGGCGCAAUAAUUGAUUUCGAUACAGCAUUGAUAAGGCGCAGUCGGGGUAGAAGGCUCCCGACCAUGUCGCUUGACAGUCGGUGUGCGAGCUGCCACUCAGAUAUGAGGGUCAGACAGUUGAUCAAACGAUUCGACUCUCCGAAGAUCGACCCGACGGCUAGUCUCAGUGACCUGACCAAGACAUUUUACACAGCAAUAUCAGAGACCUGGACUUGCACCAAGGAUUACGAGCGGCGAGUUCGGCAGCCAGUUCGGGAAGGACUCGGCCAAAAUGUUGUCAUUAUCGAUAACGAAUUCGACCCGAUCACACAUGAGUUGUACGAAACAGCCAUUAUUGACCGAGUUUCCGGCAAAACACUGUUGAAUACUCUCAUAGCUCAUACCGAAGAAACGAAGUCGGCUGUUCCUUCCCGGCGUACACAAGGAGAGAAGGUCGAGAUAAUUAGCCAUCUGUGGAAGAAAAAGGUGUAUGGUCGAAGCCGCGAAAUCGCACUGCUGGACGUGCACCAAGUCGCAAAGAGAUUGCAAGAAAUCGGCAUCACACCAGAGACAAUAUUUCUGGCCUGGCAUGUAUCAUGUGCCGACCUUCAGAUCCUCAGAGACUUUUUGGCCAAGGGGGGAUACCACAAUAUCUUACCCAACGAUAGGAAUUGUUUCCCCCUCAUCCCUCUUUUCCGCGCCAACAUGCCCAAGGGGUUGUUCCCCUUACGCCUUGAGAUCGUAUACCCCGUGAUGUUCCCACGAAGCGACUUGUGUGGGCACAACCACCGAGCUAUAGUCGACUGUAAACAAACUCGGGACGUUUGCAAUGGUCUUGAUAAUUUUUGUGAGCCGGUUGAGAACCAGAAUGAGGAUUGGCAGCAGCCCACUAGGGUUGCGAAGAAAGCCCAACGCUGCAUUCUGGGUUACUUUGCUGAAGGCAAGCGGUAG